AUGCGGGUGCCCCUGGGCGGGCUGGCCGGCGCGGCGGCGCUGACCGGGGCGCUCAGCUUCGUGCUCCUGGCGGCCGCCAUCGGCACGGACUUCUGGUACAUCAUCGACACCGAGCGGCUGGAGCAGAGCGGCCGGGGGGCGCAGGACCCCGCGGGGGCCGCCAACCGCAGCCAGCUGGAGCCUCUGAGCUCGCACUCCGGCCUCUGGCGGACCUGCCGGGUCCAGAGCCCGUGCGCGCCGCUGAUGAACCCCUUCUGGCAGGAGAAUGUGACGGUCAGCGACUCCAGCCGACAACUCCUCACCAUGCACGGGACGUUCGUGAUUCUGCUGCCGCUCAGCCUGAUCCUGAUGGUCUUUGCGGGGAUGACGGGCUUCCUGAGCUUCCUCCUCCGAGCCUCCAUCCCCCUCCUGCUCACGGGAACCCUCUUCCUCUUCGGAGCCUUGGUGACGCUCGCUGGGAUCAGUGUCUAUAUCGCGUACUCAGCUGCCGCCUUCCACGAGGCGCUGUGUCUCCUGGAGGAGAAGGCCCUGCUGGACCAGGUGGACAUCCGCUUUGGCUGGUCCCUGGCGCUGGGCUGGAUCAGCUUCACCACCGAGCUGCUCACUGGGGCGGCCUUCCUGGCAGCAGCCCGCAUGCUCAGCCUGAGACGGAGGCAGGACCAGGCCGUAUGA